UCCCGCUGCACUCCACCUCUAUUCCUCUCUCUCACACACACACACGUAUGCAUGCAUUCCCAUACACACGCUCUCCUCCCAGUGCGGACUUCUGGAGCCCCGAGAAGAAGACCUGAUGCUAUCCAAGGACAUUUAGUGUCUAUUUUCUUUCUUUUUUGAAAAAAAUCGCCUCUAAAAUUAAGCCAUGUCGAUGGAACAGCCCACUAGAAUUGGAACAAUUUGCUGCAAAAUUGGAUCUUCUGGUGACCGAAAGGAUGCUCAGUUCUAAACUGGAAUAUCCUGGCUCACAGAUUGGACAGAUAUAAAGAGGAGGGGAUGUGAGGGAAACGAUCGGCGUUCCGCUGGACUUUUUAAACUAGACUUGAGAUUAUUUUAAGACAAUCUGUCAUAUAUGCAGCUUCAUACUAGGCAGUUUUUGGCAUUGGACUAAGAGUGAUGACGACGGUAGACGAGCAGCGGCGGACGACAGAGGAGCCGUAAUGACCAUGUGGCCCCGGAGAGGAUGAUCAGCUCACCGGUGGCCCAUCCCUCAUGCGCCUGCCCGGAUCGCUCUGCCGCUUCGUCUCAGGUGAUUAGGGAAAGCCCGACGCACGCUGAGUCAGCAUCCUUGCACGCUGAGAUGACCCAAGAACAGUGCAGUCAUAGGAACAAUGUACAGAGUUCAGAGCAAGCACAAGUAUACAAAGUGGGAAUCUACGGAUGGAGGAAACGCUGCCUUUACUUCUUUGUCCUGCUGCUGAUGAUCCUCAUCCUUGUCAACCUGGCACUUACCAUCUGGAUCCUCAAAGUCAUGAACUUCACUAUCGAUGGCAUGGGCAACCUGAGAAUAACAGAGAAAGGCCUCAAGCUGGAAGGCGACUCGGAGUUCCUUCAGCCUCUCUAUGCCAAAGAAAUCCAGUCCAAACCGGGUCGCCCUCUGUACUUGCAAUCUUCCCGAAACGUGUCGAUCAACGUCGUGAACAACAACAACCAGCUGCUCACACAGCUCGUAACAGGAUCCGGUGGGUUCAAAGCACGGGGCAAGAUGUUCGAGGUCAAGUCCACGUCAGGCAAGCUCCUCUUCUCAGCCGACGAGCAGGAGGUGGUGGUGGGCGCAGAGAGGCUCCGUGUGUUGGGCGCCCAAGGAGCCGUGUUCACUAAGUCCUUGGAGACUCCACAUGUUCGGGCAGAACCUUUCAAGGAGCUGCGCCUGGAGUCCCCCACCCGCUCCUUGCUCAUGGAGGCCCCCAAAGGCAUCCAAAUCCUGGCCGAGGCCGGUGACAUCCAAGCCAUCUGCAGGAAUGAGCUGCGACUUGAGUCCAAAGACGGAGAGAUCUCCCUGGACGCCCGCCGUAUCCGCCUGACGCGUCUUCCGGAGGGCAAGGCAGCCUCCGGCUCCUCGUCAUCCGGCACCAGGCAGACGGUCUACGAGGUUUGCGUUUGCCCCAACGGGAGACUUUUCCUCUCCCAAGCUGGCACUGGAUCCACCUGCCAAAUAAGCAACAACGUCUGCCUCUAGGACUGCGGAGCACGACGUUAAGAGAGACUCGAACUCACCGAGUCUAACGGAACUGUCACUCGGACUGAUCUCGAAGGCCCUGAACCGUAUUUUUCUAAAAAAAAAAAUUAAAAAAAAAUGGUGGGGUAAAACGCCUCUGGACGCUGUAUUUAUUACGUCAUAUUUUGUCGCUUUCUACGUAAGGGAAUUCAAUCAACUAGACUAACUGAAGCUUUUUUUUUUUUUUAUGUGUAUUGAUUCAGACAGUCACUCCAUUUGGAACUGCUGAGGAAUAAUUUCUUUGAAAUGGCGUGACCCAAAACUGCCAUACACCUGUUUUAUCACCUUAACACGAAAAGAGACGCUAGAUCCGAUGCCGGAACUACUGAGGUGAUCCCCAAGCCCUGCCUACUGUUCUGUCAAUCAUCUUUGCUUUGGAAUUGUUGUUUUAAUUCAUUUGAAGGAAUUUCCUGAAUACUGUACAGGGCACUCAACAAAUGUAUUAGACCACCACCCUGAUGUAAGGGAAUUUUUAUUAUCUAUGGAACCCGAAAUUUACUGUUUCUUGCGAAAAUUAUGGGAAUUGUAGUAUCUCAUGACGAUGGAUCCUCUCAGACAAAUUGAAAUUCUGAUUUAAAUGACCAUCACUAAACUCAAAUCUGUGUCUGAAUUUAUUUCAUUUAGUUUGGGCAUUAUUCAAAAUGGUAGCAUUUAACUCCACACUGCAAUCAAUUGAAGUCAACCAUAAUCUCCACCAUCAGUUGACAAGACAGCUCCCACUGACAUUGUGCCACGCCUUCUGGUAGGGGGCCGACCCAGGCAGAACGUUGAGUUUGCUUUCACUUUGAUAAAACUCAAACACGCUGCGUUCUAACGACGGACUUGGGUGGAAACAGGACGAAGGUUUUACUGCAUAUAAGCAGGCAGGAGUGUCUCAGGGGUGAUUUGGUCGAGAAUUCAAGGUCAUUAUCAUAUUAAAUAGUACCAUGCAUGCACUUUGAAACGUUAUGAAAAAAAUCAAUGGAUAAAAUUAGUUUAACUUUGGCUUCAAAUAUUUACGUAAAAUGAACGAUAACUGCCCGUUUUUUGCUUUUAACCAAGAAUCUAGACUGUGUUACGUUCGUAUCUAUAGAAAUUGCUCGAUUUAAGCAUUUAUUUACUAGAAUUGUGAACUUAAAAAGCUCUUUGUUUUAUGACGGCCGCCAUGUUGGAUCACACAAUACCGUAACUUUUGCUUCAAAUAUCUACGUAAAAUGAAUGAUAACUGCCUGUUUUUUGCUGUUAAACAAGAAUCUAGACUGUUUUAAGUUUAUAUCGAUACAAAAUUGCUCGAUUUAAGCAUUUAUUUACAAGACUUUUCAAUUUAAAAAGCUCUUUGUUUUGUGACGGCCGCCUAGUGGGAUUACACAAUACCGUAACUUUGUCUGGAAAUAUUUACGUAAAAUGAACGAGAACUUCCCGUUUUUUGCUUUUAACCAAGAAUAUAGAUUGUUUUACAUUCGUAUAUAUAUAUAUAUAUAAACUGCGCGAUUUAAGCGUUUAUUUACAAGAAUAUUCAACUUAAAAAGCUCUUUGUUUUGUGACGGCUGCCAUGUUGGAUUACACAAUACCGUAACUUUUGCUUCAAAUAUUUAAGUAAAAUGAACGAUAACUGCCCGUUUUUUGCUUUUAACCAAGAAUCUAGACUGUUUUACGUUCAUAUCUAUAGAAAUUGCGCGAUUUAAGCAUUUAUUUACAAGACUUUUCAACUUAAAAAGCUCUUUGUUUCAUGACGGCCGCCUAGUGGGAUUACACAAUACCGUAACUUUGUCUUGAAAUAUUUACGUAAAAUGAACGAUUACUGCCGUUUUUUUGCUUUGAACCAAGAAUCUAGACUGUUUUACAUAUAUAUAUAUAGAAAUUCUGCGAUUUAAGCAUUUAUUUACAAGAAUAUUCAACUUAAAAAGCUGUUUUUUGACGGCCGCCACAAUGGAUUUUGUAAAAA